AUGGAAAUGCCAGGUUGUUCACUCAUCCACAGUGCUUUAGGAGAUGGUAUGUGUAUCACCAUGCGUGUGGCAUGGCUGACCAUGGACCGGCUCAGAAGUGGCCGAGACAUUCGCCUCUCGGCUGCGACCAUGAGAGCACUCAACUCUCGACGCUCACGGUCAACCACGAGCAUUCAUCGACUCGUGCCUUGUACAAGUCUCUGUUUUCUUCUUCUGCUAUGCGUUCUUCACGACGUACGAGCGCGGAGUGUACUUUACGAUGACGGCGACGUCAUCGCGGAUCAAGUGCACGACAAAAUUUUGGAGCCUCUUGUAAAGGUGAGUGACCCCAAGCCUGACGGCGUGGAGAACGCGGAUCAAGCGCAAAGAAAGAGUUUGACAGAUAUAGAAGGAUACGAUAACGACGAGGAUGUUAGUGUGGAAGAAAGGAAACACUCAGCUGUAGAGAUACUCAACGAGAAUUCUGACAAGAUCCAGAUCGAAGCUGGUAGUGAUGAAGGCAGUGUGGCGAAGAAGCGGCGGAGGAACGACGUCAGCCUUCCUGGUAAGUUUGUGUUGCAGGAUAAGGAGGAGAACGUGCAAAAGGACGAGGGUAUUCGACGAUUCGACGCCCAGAUCGAGCCCGACGAUAUUGAAGAACCAGGCCAACAAAAGAUUUUCAUCGAGGGCAUCAUCCCCAGUUUGCAAAAAGAAGCCAAUGACCGCGAGAAACAAUUAAUCAACGUCGAGCAAUCGCACACGGAUGUGAAGAAUGUGGAAGCAAAGCCUAGCGACGAAGAUGAGGCGGGGCAGGAAGGAAAAAAGUAUGCAGAGAUUUCUUCUGAUCUUCGAGAGAGUUUGGAGAACGUCGCGAGUUUGGAACAGAUAGAAAAAAUAGAUUUAAAUAAAGAAGAGACAGGACCAAUCGAAAAUUUAGUGAAACAUAAUCUAGAUGAAGCACGAACCGAGAACGUUGACAACGUAAACGAGGAAAUACGUAACGAUCUGCGAAGUUUAAAACUUGUUCACGCAAACGAAAGUGAAAGAAACCAAGAGGAGCAUGUCACCGAUAAAACUACGAACAAUGAAAAUAUUGAUCUCGAUCCGAACAGAGAGGAUAGACACUUAGCUAGCGUCUCAGCUAAAUCCAAAUAUAAAAGCUCAACUGUCUACUUGAAUGCUGAAGAAGGCAAAUUGCCUGGUCGGGAGCAAGAGUCGAUCGUGAACGGUCAAAUAAAGAAAUUGAUAUCCAUACGAGACGACGCUCUAGAAUCGAUCGAUAAUGACGCGAAACAAUCAGAAAAGGUUGACCAAGAAGGUCUUCUCUCGGAAAAAUUAAUCGAGAUAGAUGUCACCGAAAAAGAUGAAGAGAUUCGCAAUCAACGCAGCAGUGAAUUGAAAGAUAAAUCACUUCAAAAUGAAAAUCUUGAUCCAUUAUCUCUAAAAACGGAAGUCCCUAACCGCCUUCAAAAAUGGAAGGCUGAAGCAACGCUGCUUCAAAUACAAAUAAAGAAUGGGACGUUUCCUCAAUAUUUACAAGAACAAGCGAUCGAUGUGCUUUCUGACAUUCCAAAAUUCACAGAAAACCAAUUGCUGGAAACCUUGAACAAUAUUGCGUUGUCGCGGAAGUCGCUAUCGAACGAGACGUAUCUUGCCAAUUUGAAUGCGACUGAACUAAGCAAAAAUCAAUUAGAAAUAAUAAAAUGUGCCGAGCAAUUGAUACAGACGAAAGAGCGACAAUCCUUCGUGGCAAACAUGGCAGAGUGCAUUCGCGGUCUCAGUGUUUUAAAUUGCAUGCGCAUCUUUGUCUGGCCCAUCAUACUCGACAAUCUUCCGGAACGAAUUAGCGACUCUCUGAACAAUUUACCGAUCGAGAUAAACUUGAUCGACUUGUUUCAGGGUAACAGAACAAAGUCUGCGAGAUCAGAGAGCAGCGUUCACCGUCCGAGACUGCUAACACCAGAGUCCAUCGUCUUCAGCAUCUUGAGCGGUGCCCUGGAUUCGAAAGCCACUUACGAUCAGGCGCCAACUUUUAUCGAUCCAAAGAACGAAACAUUGAGAAGACUUCUCACUAUCGGUCAGCUCCAGAUUCUUCAGAUGGCCGAGAAACUUCUACCUGGGGAAAUACGCCGCGAGUAUUCCGACCGGAUGUUCUCGUGCGUGCGCAGAUUCGAGUACUUUAGCUGCGUCAAAUACUUUGCUUGGCCGAUGGUGAAGCAAUAUCAUCCGGCCCUACCGGCUUUCCCGGACUAUCAGAGCUGGUAUCCGUCUAUACCGUUGUAUCCGCAAUACCCCAUUGUUCCGUUUCCAAAUUUCGCGGAAACUUCGGGAGAGCUUCCGGAAGUCGUUGAUGCUGACGCCACGAGAAUGCGAAAACCAGAAGCGGUAAUUAUCAAUAUUCUUGAGAACACGCUGAAGGCGCACGUGAAAACACCGCCUCCUUCUGUUCAUUAUGCUGAUUCUUACGUCGCUAUACUUCCUCCAGAACAAUUAUUAUCGAUUCAGAUGGCCGAACAGCUUCUUCCUGUUCCAUAUCGACCAGAAUUUGUUCAGAAAACCGUGAAAUGUAUUCAGGAGUUAAAUUAUAUGACAUGUAUCAAAUAUUCCACGUGGCCGACGAUCAAGCAGUUAUAUCCUUCUCUACCGGACCUUUCCGGUCGGAUACCGUUUUUAUCGUUUUCUGAUUUUUUCGGUUAUCUGUCGUCGAAUUUUCCCAAUUUUGCUUCGAUUAUUUCGGGAUUAGGUAUUGGAGGAAAUACGACUACCGAGCAACCACCGGCAUCCAGUAAUACUACUACAGAAGAAUCGCCUGGUCGCCUUUCCACGAUCUUAUUACGUCAAAACAAAAUUUCUUCCAAAGAAUCCAGCGAAUUAGAGAACAGAGUUACGGAGAUCUUAACAGGAAUACGUAAUUCUCUGAGAACGAUAUCGGAAAAUUCGCAUCUGGUUGUUAAUGGAAAUACGAUAGUUCUGGCGACCAUUACCGAAAAACAGAUCAACAUACUAAAAUUAGCGGAAAAUAUUGUACCGCCUCCGGCACGGGCUCCUCUUGUCGCACAAGUUCUAUCUUGUCUUCAGACAAAUAACGAUUUUCUCAACUGCACGAGAUACGUAAUUUGGCCUACGGUCGCUCUUUAUGUUUCUAAUUUCCCGGAAUUUCCCGAUUUACCUUCGAAGCAAGACAAUCAGGUAUCGUCGAAGGAUAAGAACGCUUUGCAUCCAAAUAUUACAAAUCAGCAGGAAUUGAAUAAAUCGCAAAACGAAGCGAAUUCCAACGUAAAGAUUAUUUCUAGGACGAAAUUUCCGCAGAAUAACAGUCCAGUGAUAAGCGUAACCGGUACUCGAUUUGUGCCGAUAUUCACAGAACAUCCCGAAUCGGUGAUACUCAACAUUCUCAGAUCAAUUCAGCUGUCAUCGCCAAAUGUGAGAGAUGAUCACGUUGCCAAGCUUAAAAGUACGUUGCUGUUGGCCGAUGAACUUAACGAUCGGCAGUUGAAUAUUGUUAAUACAACAGAAGGCUUGCUACCAGAUGCAGUUCGUCCCGCCUUCGUCGAUCGGAUGACAGAGUGUAUUCGCAAAAACAAUUUUCUGGCGUGCUCAAGGAACAUAUUGUGGCCCACUCUGUCGGAAUAUUUUCCGAGGCUACCCAAUUUCCCGAAUUUUGAAGCGCAUUCUCAAGCGACCAACGUCAAAUCUAUCUUACGGCAGAAUCUGACUGACUCAUCACCAUUGUCGGAGAUCGAUGUCAAAGUUGGCCAGCACGGAGAUGCUACCGUUACCAUCACCGAUACCAGAUUCUAUCCCAUUUUCUCGGAACAUCCGGAAGGUGUGAUUCUGAAAAUUCUCAAGGCCAUACAGAGCUCUACACCGGGCGUUAUGUAUUCCAUGAUUACAUCGAGACUGCCGGAAACGAUGAGUUACUUUACGGAACAGCAAGCUAACAUCGUUUAUGUCGCGGAAAGCCUGCUGCCGGAAUCGGUGAGGUCAGUUUUCGUAGAGCAAAUGAUCAAUUGCAUUCGAGAAAACACGUUUCUCGAUUGUACGCGGGACAUAACUUGGCCAACUAUCGCGCAAUUUUUCCCAAGACUGCCAAAUUUCCCUGAUUUUGGAAGUCAAAACGUGCCGAGGACGAAAUUCGAUUCAUCAUCGUCUCUGCUAUAUAAUUCGGAAAGCGCAACGUCUAACGAAAAUACGAGGACUGCCGUCGACGCGAUCGAAGAUAAAAUAGAAAAUAUAUUAAAAGAAUUGAACAAGGAUUCGACGCUUCGUUUGGAGGGUUCUUAUCUGGACAUCAAUAAUCCUAUAAUAAGAAAUCUUCUAACUGUUCGGGAAAUGAAUAUUGUCAGAUUAACAGAAAAAGCGAUACCGGAUUCGAUACGUCCCGCAUAUGUAAAUAACAUGCUGGAAUGCAUGAGGAGCAAUAACUUUAUAACUUGCACUCAGCAAAUCGCUUGGCCGACCUUGAAGCAAUUUUCACAGGCUCUGCCGAACUUUGAGGAGCUGUUUGGUCAGUUUCAACUUCCCGGAGCGGGUCAAAGUCCCGUUGUUGGUCAGAUUCCAAUCAUAGGUCAACUUCCUGCCACAGAUCAGAUUUCCGGCAUAAGUCAAUUUCCUGGCAUAGGUCAGAUUCCUGGCGUAAGUCAGAUUUCUGGCAUAGGUCAAUUUUCUGAUGGGAGUCAGAUUCCUGGUGCAGGUCAGAUCCAAAGUUUUCCUGGACUAGGAAAUCCUUUCGCUGGCCCCAGCUUACCUCAACAAUAUCCCUUUCCUCAAAUCCCUAUGGUACCGAGCGGAAUUCAAACAGGCAUUCCUCAGUUUCCAGGAUUUUCUAAUUUUGGCAGUAUAAAUUAUCCACAAUUUGCAAUCUUGUCGGAUACACCACAGACGGCGCAGGAACAAACGAUUCUACAAUCGACAGCAGCAAAUAAUGAGAAGACAAACCAGAUGAGUGGAACAUCAAGGGCUACGAAAAUCCCGUCAGUAGACGAACAAGGAAUCGUUCCUGGAUAUCUAGGACAACCUUUGAAUAUUCUGAUAGAUAUUUCUAAAGAAAAAAUCCAAUUAUCCGACAUUAGACAACAACAAGAUUCAUUGUUUAAAUCUGUUCCUGUGACUUCAUCGUUUAAGAAACAUGAAAGAAGACGAAGAAACGCCGAUGAAUUAUUAAAUUCUCAUUACAAAGUUGACAAAGAGAUUGAACCUGUUUCGGAAAUGACGAUAAAUAAUACGUUUCCAAAUAUUACGGAAUCUGAAUUUCUUCAACUUUUAAUUAAUAUUUCGAAUUUCAAGAAAACCUUGAAAAACAAAUCCGCGGAGAAUCCGAAGGAAUAUUUCGUCGAUACAUUAAAUUCUACAAUCAAGAAUUCUCUGACCGCCGAUCAAUACGAGAUCUUAAAAAUGGUGGAGGAUUUUAACGAGCACACCGCGAAUCGGGGUUUUAUGUCGCAGGUAACUCAGUGUAUACUCAGCUUGAGUUUCAUUAGAUGCAUAGGUAUUUUUGUUUGGCCUAUGAUUGUCAGUGCCUUGCCUGGUCUCAGCUUUCUUGGGAGAUCGACAGAAACUGAAGUAGAACGUUUUUUCGGCAUGUCUACGAAUAAUUUCGAAAGGGAACUGCUAAUGAGAAAAGAAUCGAUGGAAAAUGUUCUUCUUGACUGGUACAAGAAAGCGAUGGAGGACAAAUUCCAGACGAAUCUGGGUUUUCUGACAAUCAAGGGCUACGGGAAUGGCGAGAUAGGCAUCAGUUUCAGCGGAUUCCGCGAGGGUAGAGCUACAAAGAUCAAGGACAACAAAAACUUGCCGAGUAUAUUGACAAUUAUUAGCGAUAUCAUGGAGGAAGUAUUGGAUCAACGACCAGACAAUGAAAAGCUUAAAAAGGAGAAGGAAAAGAGAGAGAGAAGCUUGGACAAUGUGCAAGAGACGGAUUUUCAAUUUUUAAAAGACAACGACGAGUACGCGGACAUUAAGAGAUCCAUAAAUGAUGAUCAGAUAAUCACCAUGUUUUUGGAUAAAAUCAAAGCCAAUGCGACGGAUUUUGCCGACAGUGACGUUGCUCAAUUCUUCAGCACGGAAGAUGCUUAUAAUGCUUUCGGCGAACUUUUUGGAACUCGCUUGAACGAAAAGUUUGAGGACAAAUUAAAGAUUUUUACUGAGGAACAUUUGAAGAAAAAUAAUCCUGAUGACCAUAUGACGAAAUUAAAUGCAGAAGAACUAAAGAUGAUGUCUUUAAAAGGAGAACCGCCCUACAAUCUUGAAAAAGAAUCCCUGGAAAGUCACGAGGAACGCAAAAGACAACAUCGCGCAAAGAACGAAUUUAGAUCUUUGUUAGAUAAGUAUUCGCUUGUAAAGAAGCUGGAUAUUCCUACAGAGAAAAUCGAAGAUUCAGAUAAUGAAAAUAAAAUCAAGAUCACUGAGCCGUCCCUCGACAGAAAAACGCGUUCGGAAUUGAGAAUCCAGUUGCCACGUUUACGAGAAGAUAUUAUGUCCAGAAAGAUUACGAGCACGGUGAUAUAUUUUGGAAGAGCGCUGAAGACGAAGAUGAGCAGUAUGAUGCCUGGGAUCGGUUUAUUAAUAACCUUCCUCAUUCAAACGGCCUUGGCUCACGCGAGAGCAGCUGCCUCUGUAGCUGGAAUGAUUAGCAACAUAGCUCUUGCAUCGGCUAUGUUCGGCAUGAUUCGACAGAAUUUCUUCGGAUCGGAAAAUCAAAAUGUUAAAUACGUCUACGACAAUGAUAAGACCGGUCCGGGUAUUAGUUGGCCACACCAUCAUAGAUCUUAUCAUCAUGGAAAAUAGUAUUGAUUCGCUCGAUCAAAUCUACUUAUCCUAUUUUUGAUGUAAACUAUUAAAAUCUUGUAUUAAAUAUCUCAUUAAGAGUAUUAUUAAUGUCACUGUUGUUUUCUCAAAGUCUAAAUUAAAUCGAAUUUUAUUUUCUGAAAACAAAAUCAAACGUAAUUAGAUAUAAAAAUUUCUACGCAUAUUUUAUAUGUUUAAUGUGUCUCAUAAAUUGUCGAUAAACUUCGCUUACCUUAUAUAGUAAUACGGGCUUCAUAAAUAGAAUAUAUAUUCUCUAAAAUUAGUAUAUAGAUAAUUUAGAACCGAAAAGAACAAUAUUUUUCCUAGAUGAUUGUGGAAACAAUCCCUCGCAAAUUAAUUGCAACAAUUAGGAAAAAUGCCAUUUCGCAGGAAGUAUUUAUUUCAUUGUCAUGGGGUUUUAUGGUGGAGGGGUGACACUUCUUUAUAUUCUUUUAAGGAUUAUAUAAUAAUUAUGGCAUUAAAAAUUAUGCGAUUAUACUGCAAAAUAAGUAUUGAACUGUUAGCAUAGAUUUUAAAACCGACAUGCUUUUAAAUUACGUUAUUUGAUUGAAAAUAAAU